AUGAGCGUCAGCGAGGAGCGCGUGCAGAAGUUUCUGGCCGAGAACCCCGGCUUCGCGGAGCGGUACUUCGGAAAGCAGCUGCGCCCGGAGCAGGCGGCCGAGGCCGGCGAGGCCGGGAGCCUGGCGGACUGCGGCAGCUUCCGCGAGCUGUGCCAGGUGGAGGAGGGCGCGGCGCUGUUCGAGGUGGUGCAGGACAUGCAGGAGAGCGUGAACAUGGAGCGGGUGGUCUUCAAGAUCCUGCGGCGCCUCUGCGGCAUCCUCCGCGCCGACCGCUGCAGCCUGUUCAUGUACCGCCAGCGCAACGGCGUGGCCGAGCUCGCCACGCGCCUCUUCAGCGUGCAGCCGCACAGCACCCUGGAGGAGUGCCUAGUGCCGCCGGACUCGGAGAUCGUCUUCCCGCUGGACAUCGGGGUGGUCGGGCACGUGGCGCAGACCAAGAAGAUGGUUAACGUCGAGGACGUGAACGAGUGCUCCCACUUCAGCCCGUUUGCCGAUGAGCUCACCGACUACGUGACCAGGAACAUCCUGGCCACGCCCAUCAUGAAUGGCAAGGAUGUGGUGGCUGUCAUCAUGGCUGUGAACAAGCUUGACGGCCCGUACUUCACCAGCGAAGACGAAGACGUUUUUUUGAAGUACCUGAAUUUUGCCACCUUAAACCUGAAGAUCUACCACCUGAGCUACCUCCACAACUGUGAGACGCGCCGAGGCCAGGUGCUGUUGUGGUCAGCCAACAAAGUGUUUGAGGAGCUGACGGACAUCGAACGGCAGUUUCACAAGGCCUUCUACACCGUGCGGGCCUAUCUGAACUGUGACCGGUACUCGGUGGGCCUUCUGGACAUGACCAAGGAGAAGGAAUUCUUUGAUGUGUGGCCUGUGCUGAUGGGGGAAGCCCAGCCGUACUCAGGCCCACGCACGCCCGAUGGCCGGGAAAUCGUUUUCUACAAAGUCAUUGACUAUAUCCUCCACGGCAAAGAGGACAUCAAAGUCAUCCCCACACCCCCAGCCGAUCACUGGGCCCUGGCCAGCGGCCUUCCAACCUACGUGGCAGAGAGUGGCUUUAUCUGCAACAUAAUGAAUGCCUCCGCGGAUGAAAUGUUUCAGUUUCAGGAGGGUCCCCUUGACGACUCGGGGUGGACCAUCAAGAAUGUCCUCUCCAUGCCCAUCGUCAACAAGAAGGAGGAGAUCGUGGGGGUGGCGACGUUUUACAACCGGAAAGACGGGAAGCCAUUUGAUGAGCAGGAUGAAGUUCUCAUGGAGUCCUUGACGCAGUUCCUGGGCUGGUCGGUGCUGAACACUGACACCUAUGACAAGAUGAACAAGCUGGAGAACCGCAAGGACAUCGCCCAAGACAUGGUCCUGUACCACGUGCGAUGUGACAAGGAGGAAAUCCAGGCGAUCCUGCCAACAAGGGAGCGCCUUGGGAAGGAGCCAGCAGACUGUGAGGAGGAAGAGCUGGAGAAAAUCCUGAAAACAGUGCUCCCGGGGCCCAGCAAGUUCGAAAUCUACGAGUUCCACUUCUCAGACCUGGAGUGCACGGAGCUGGAGCUGGUCAAGUGUGGCAUCCAGAUGUACUACGAGCUGGGUGUGGUCCGCAAGUUCCAGAUCCCCCAGGAGGUUCUGGUGCGGUUCCUUUUCUCCGUCAGCAAAGGGUACCGAAGAAUCACCUACCACAACUGGCGUCACGGUUUCAACGUGGCCCAGACGAUGUUCACACUGCUUAUGACCGGCAAACUGAAAGACUACUACACAGACCUAGAGGCCUUCGCCAUGGUGACAGCAGGCCUGUGCCAUGACAUUGACCACCGCGGCACCAACAACCUGUACCAGAUGAAGUCCCAGAACCCCUUAGCCAAGCUGCACGGCUCCUCGAUCCUGGAGCGGCACCAUCUGGAGUUUGGGAAGUUCUUGCUCUCUGAAGAGACCCUGAACAUCUACCAGAACCUGAACCAGCGGCAGCACCAGCACGUGAUUCACCUCAUGGACAUCGCCAUCAUCGCCACCGACCUGGCCCUCUACUUCAAGAAAAGGACCAUGUUCCAAAAGAUUGUAGAUGAGUCCAAGAACUACGAGGACCGGAAGAAAUGGGUGGAGUACUUGUCGCUGGAAACCACUCGGAAGGAGAUCAUCAUGGCCAUGAUGAUGACUGCAUGUGACCUGUCUGCCAUCGCCAAGCCCUGGGAGGUCCAGAGCAAGGUAGCUCUUCUGGUGGCAGCUGAGUUCUGGGAGCAAGGUGACUUGGAAAGGACGGUGCUGGAUCAGCAGCCCAUUCCAAUGAUGGACAGGAACAAAGCCGCUGAGCUCCCCAAGCUGCAGGUCGGCUUCAUUGACUUCGUAUGCAGCUUCGUGUACAAGGAGUUUUCCCGCUUCCACGAGGAGAUCCUGCCCAUGUAUGACCGACUGCAGAACAACAGGAAGGAGUGGAAGGCCCUGGCCGACGAGUACGAGGCCAAGGUAAAGGCCUUGGAAGAAAAGAAAAAGGAGGAGGAGACAGUGGCAGCCAAGAAAGGCUACCUUCAGAAGUAA